AUGACACCCAAAUUACUUCAUGGACUUCACUAUUUGGAUAUAACUGUUGGAAUACCAGAUCAUCAAAAUAUACAGAAACAAUAUGAAUUUGCUGUUAAACCCGUAAUUUUAAAAAUAAACUCAAUCCCUAUAAGUGGAGGUGAAGUUACAAUAUAUGGCAACUACCUUAGCCCAAAAGCUGCUAUUUCAUUUAGAUCUCCAAGAGGAACUCCAUCCGGUAUUCCAUGUAACAACAUAACCAUAUAUGAAGAUAAUACAAUAUUAAAAUGUAAUGUUACCGGUAUUUCAGGUCAAGAAAUUAAACUAGUUGGUAUUGGUGAAAGAAGAAUCACAUCAGGACACAAUCAUGAAAUUUUCAUGAGCAUUAAAGGUAGAAAUGCAAUAAAUCCAGACAAUAUUACAUUUUCAUUUUACCUACCAACUGUUUAUGGAUCUCCCGGUAAAAAUGAUAAUCGUUUAAUAACAAUUUUUGGUGAUAAUUUCAAUAGAAUUGGUCUAAGGAACAAUGAAGAUGGCCUAGCGUACUAA